GCUAAUUUGCAUAUGCUAUAGGCCUAGUAUUUACAUACGGCUGCAACAACAAAGUUGGAAACCGAAAGAUGGGGAACAUUCACACUGUUGGGCCCAGUGAGGCUUUGGUAAUUUCAGGAGGAUGCUGGGGGGGGACUGCUCGUAAGAUGAUUGUCGGCGGCUGGGGUUGGGCCUGGUGUCUUGUCACAGAUGUACAGACAAUCUCCCUGGAGGUAAUGACCUUGAACCCUGUGUGUGAGAGCGUGGAGACGUCCGAGGGUGUCCCCGUUACAGUGACAGGGGUCGCCCAGUGUAAGAUUAUGCGGGAGCCAGAGAUCCUGAAGACGGCCUGCGAGCAGUUCCUCGGCAAAUCUGUCCAGCACAUAGAACAUGUCAUCCUCCAGACUCUGGAAGGCCAUCUCCGUGCUAUCUUAGGUACACUGAGUGUAGAAGCUAUCUACCAGGACCGAGACCAAUUUGCUCAGUUAGUCCGAGAAGUUGCCUCCCCUGACGUAGGAAAGAUGGGUAUUGAAAUUCUGAGUUUUACCAUCAAAGACAUCUUCGACAAUGUGCAGUACUUGCAGUCCUUGGGAAGAGCACAGACUGCCAAUGUCAAACGUGAUGCAGACAUAGGUGUCGCUGAGGCUAGUAGAGAUGCCGGAAUCAGGGAAGCCGAAUGUGACAACAAGAGAAUGGAUGCUAAAUACAGGGCCGAUGCCAAAAUAGCCGACGCAUCCAGAGAAUACCAGAUGCAGAAGGCUGGGUUUGAUAUGGAAGUCAAUGCUAAGAAAGCUGAGGCUGAAUUAGCAUAUGAGCUGCAAGGGGCCAAGGAGAGGCAGAGGAUCAGAGCAGAAGAGAUUGAAAUUGAUGUUGUGGAGCGAAAGAAGCAGAUUGACGUUGAGGAAAAAGAAAUCUUGAGAAAGGAGAAGGAACUGAUGGCUACUGUGAAGCGACCAACAGAGGCAUCAGCUUACAAAACUGAACAACUUGCAGAGGGUAGAAGGACCCAGACCGUGGAGGCAGCCCGAGCUGAUGCCGAGAGGAUCCGACUUAUUGGUGGGGCUGAAGCCGCAGCCAUAGAGGCAGUCGGUAAGGCUGAGGCCGAGAAGAUGAGACUAAAGGCAGCAGCUUACAAACAGUACGGAGACGCUGCUAUGCUGAGUAUGGUGUUGGAAACUCUACCCAAGAUUGCUGCUGAAGUGUCGGCACCAUUGUCGAAGACGGAAGAAAUUGUCAUGAUUGGAGAUGACCGCACCACAAGCGAGGUCAGCCGACUGAUCAGUCAGCUCCCACCAGCUGUGCAGGCCUUGACCGGGGUAGAUCUGUCAAAGGUUCUUGCUAAGGUUCCGGGCGCCACCUCAUAAACAUAAUCACCAGUCGUUGUUGCAGCAAAAUAUCAAGGCCACUCCCUUUUACCCAUUUCAAACUUGAAGAGGAGGAUUACCUCUGCUAAAAACAAUACACAAAACUAUUUCGGUGAAGAACGGCAGUACGGUUAUACAGGGGUAAACGCCAACAAAAACAACAGGAUAAUAUACAUGGAGUAGUCUUGUGUGAUUUUUUCUCAUCGCUGGAUGGGUUACUAGCUGACCUGAGUCACCUUUUCUGAACUUUGUACGUCAGUUUCCAAGUGUAGUUGUCCUUUUAUUUGCAUGCACCGUGUAUAUGAUAAUGUAAUUGUAUUUGGACUUACAUGAUUUUCUUGCAGAUACAGAGAUACCUCCGCCCUCAAGUACGGGUUUGGACUCCCUAGUUUUACCGCAAUCGGGCGAGUCCAUGUAAAAACAAGGGUGGAAUCAUUUAUUUUAUUCAGAUUUUUAAAAUAGAAAAUCAGUAUCAUCGCUAAGUUCUGAUUGGACCAGAAAAAUAACUAUGGUGUUAUGGCACCUUCCACAAUCAAGUCUGAUAUUAUUUGAGAUUUAAUAUGAAAAAAUCUUCAAAAAACAUGCAAUAAUUGUAUAGUUUUUGUCAGGGUCUUCAUUGAGAGUUAUUCCAGAUGUGAACAAAUAAUGUAUUUUCAAAAUAGGAUUUAAUAAGAUCUUUUGAGACUGAAAUAAAUUGAUCUUGUCACAUCAUGAUAGACUAAUUUGUUUGUGGUAUUAGUUAACCAAAGUAUGUUAAUUAGAUCUCAUUUUCCAUUGCUGUAUAGGUAUAGAUUUAACCCCAUGUUUUUACUUUGUUGUUCUUGGUUUAAAUCAAAGUUUUAAGAAGCAGAAACAUGUUUACCUAUGGGCAAUUGUUAAUGUCAGGUUAUGUGACAUCAUCUGUGCCGAAACAACAAAAACGUCUAGCUGAGGAUAUGUUUAAAAUGGCAUAAUUAUGAAUAUUUGGGAAAAAAUGGAUUCUUCACAGAAUGUUUCGGAAAUUUGAGAUAUUUACAAUCCAAAUUUUACUUAAUUUUAUAACACCAAAAUAAUAUUUCGUAUUUGGUUGAUUUGAUUUACCUGUGUAUUUACAGAUGAUAUCAAGUGAAAUCAAUGUGUUGUGUGUCGGAACAAACUUUAACCCUUUCAUCCCUAUGUAACUUUAAUAAACUCUACCAUGCAUUGAUCUGGAUAAGUCCAUUAUGGUCUACAGUGGUGAAAGGGUUAAUUAGUGCAGGAAACCUGUACAUGUAUAAUACGACAGAUGUGAAAACACUGUUUGAUUUUAGCUGAAAUCUAAUAAAAAGAAAUAAUUGAAAAUGAAAUAAAACGGCAGUAAUUGCAAACCAUUUUACAAUCUUGUCUGCUGAAUUAUAUAUCAUUAUGAAAACAAUGUGAUCGCUCGUUUCAUAAUACUCAGUUUUCAUCAAAUGUUAAAUGAGUGGAAAAUGUUGUCUGAGUAUAAACUUUCUUCCUACACACUUGGUUUAUUUCUUUGUUACUGUCUACUUACAGUCCUCAGUCCUAUAUAUAUAUAUGUAAGUAGUAUCCUAGUCAAAUCAGGACUACAGUAAUUAUUCAUUGUAUAUUUUUAAUUUGUAUUUUAUUAAACCAUCUUAACAACGGACGUGAUGAUUCUUAACUUAUAAAAGGGUAAGCUGUCAACAACACUCACCUGUUUGAAAAUUUACAUCCGUAAAACCUACAAAAAAGGAUAAAAUGUCACUUGUCAUAGAACAUCUCUUUAAUCUACGAGCAUAACUUCUAGAAAGCCGUUAAUUCUGUUUAUAAGUCUGAUUCUGGAACAAGAAAGCCGGAGCUAUAUUAUACUGUUUCUAUUGAGUAGCCCCCCUUUGGUUCAUCAUAGGUUCAGAACAUAUUUGUAUAUUUUUUUAAAAAGUUUUUGUUAGCUUUUCAAAAGUUUACUCCCCGAUGAUGCCUUCCUCAUCGAUACAUCAUCAUAUAUCAGUAAAAACGAUUUUAAUGCUUUAAUUUUCAACUAGACUGUGGCAGUUUAUAACACCACAAGGCUGGAGUAGGAAUAUUUUAAGUAUAUAAGGAGUUUAAAAAAAAUGUUUAUGUACUGUUUUAUGACGGGUCCUUGCAUAAUAACACGCAAUCUGGAUGGAGAGGAAGAAAACUGUUCAGUUGGUUCACUUGCCACCAGCUCAUUGUUAGUUUACUUUAUAUUGACAGUAAAACCUCAUUAUGCUGCCACCAUUUGUCCAGAGAAAUGUUGGCACUAUAAAGGGGUUUGGCGAUAAAUUGAAGGAAAUGUCUGAAGGAUUUCUUAAGAAAACGAGAAAAAAGGGACAUUGAAAUAUGUUGGCGGUAAACAAAGUGACAAAUGAAACAAGGGGUGUACUAUCCAGGUUUUACUGUGUUUAACUAACUUGUCGUAACGUAAACAAGACUCUGUUUUUGGAAAUCUUAAGUCAAACUAUACCUUUUUCCCCACCACAGUGUUUUAUGUAUUACAUUAGAAAUUCUCAAUUGAUGUUGAUAAAAUUAUGAAGAUUUCGAUUUCCUGUUAUGUGUAUUUAUGACCUUUUUUGUUAGUUGUUAAUUGUUUCUAUUUUCUUCAUUUUUGUGUCGCCUGCAACACAAGGCGACAUAUAGAUAUUACUCUGUCGGUGGCGUCAGUUGCGUCAUCCGAAACAAGAGUUUCCAUGCGUUCAUUUCAGAAGUUUACGUGAAUUUUUGGUGGAGUUAUGCCCCUUUUAUUGCCAAAUAAGGGCAUUGUGUAGCAAACGAAAGAACUUUUUUUUUUAAUCGAAUCCUUUCAAAUUGUGAACCGUUAUGCUAGAAACAAUAAUGUUCAACAUAUAUUACAGGUUUUUCUGUCGAGUUUCAACUUUCUGCGUUUUGGCAUAUCUGUUUACGCGACAAGUCAAGCCAAAACACUUUUCUUACUAAAAGCGCUGAGCAUACAUCCACUCCCUAGGAAUUCUUGUUCGAAAGCAGUGUUAACUUUUUCUUUGUUAGUUUUGAAACUUUUGAUAGGAAUUGGUCCAAUUUGUUUAAUAAUUUCCUGGUGGUUCCCAUGCUACUAUUGGAACUCUUGUUUCCCUAUCAUUUGAAAUGAAUUGCUUAUCCACCUAAGUAGUUUUUCAUUAAUUACUUUUUGCCUGAAUGUGUCUUGCAAUUUCAUCAGGUAUAGAACUGUGUACACAACAUUUACUCAAUCCAGCCAACAGAAAAUAGAGUACCUAUUCCAACUAAACAUUAGGCUGUUGUAAAAUUUUGAACUUUUUUCUAUUGAGCAGCAUUUAAGAAAAUUGAAAAAACGUUUGUGGAAGUUUUACCUCACUUGUUCUUGUACUGUACUCCCAUCUUCACUUUGUUGGAUAUAACCUCUGCAUACAAUAUUGUUUUGUGUAAUGUGUAGUAUUCAAACCCUGCAUCUAUAUAUUAGCGAAAUUAUUAAGGAGAUUUUGUACAUUUUUACUGCUUUCUCCUGGUGAAUUUGUGUAAAUAACAUCAGAUAUGUAACAGUAGCUUCUAUAAUCAAGCCAGGAUUUUCUUCAUAUCAUGAAAAAGUGAUUACUUUUAAUAUUUCCUUUUUAUCAGUAUUGUCCAGUUUUACAAUUUGUAAUGUAACAUUUUAUAUUGUGACAUGUGAUUUUUCAAAUACAUAGAAGACAAUGACAUUGAUACCUGUAUACAGAAUUCAACAUCAAAUGAAGCAGAAAUUAAGUGGGGUUUUUUGCCUCGCAAGUAAGUGAUGCAGAGUAUUAAAUGUUAACAUAAUAAAGGAAAUGUCACAUUUAAAAAUUACAUUAUAUUGUCAUUAAUGUUGUCGAAUAUACUUGAGAAUGUAAUCUGUGUGGUUGUGCCUUGUGAUUUUUGCAACUUAAUUUAGAUCAUAUUUUGCCAGCAAAAUCAAGACAUCAGGUCCGUCUUAUAAAAAUGAACUGUUAAAAAGGAAUUUCUGUAGGAGAAGAUUUCAACAUUGUCAAUGUUGAUGUUUGUUCCUUGCAGUAAACAAGCCUUUAUACUAGCUAAGUGUUUUUUGUUAUUAAGACUUGUGGGUAAGUUGUAAUAGAUCACCAUUGUUAACAAUGCAUUGGAGGCAGAAUAUUGGCCUUUUUGUUACGGUGUAAUAUUGAAAAAUGUAAGGCUCCUCCGCCGACUUCUUCCGACACUAAAUAGAUUAGGGACUAAUAAUGCCUUCCUGUGUUACUUCUGAAUUCCAGCUGUAGUCUAGUGUAGUCUUUUAUAGAUCAAUGUUAGUGGCCAGUUAGUGGGUAUCGUGUUGUGAUUUAGGUGUACAUGGAUACUCUUCAUCAAGUUCAAGUUGCUCAUUUUCAUUGACACCUUUUACUUACCUUUGUCAGUGGAAAAACUUUGUCAUAACAGAAUUCCUCAUCGACACUUUCACUUCCUAUGAACAAGGGAAAACUUGAGACUAAGCAGAAAUUACCAUUUAGCUAGGGGGGGGGGGGGGGGAUCUAUAAUCAGAUACCAUUUUUAGUUCUCUAUUCACAGGAUAUGAAGUUAAAAUUUCAUUCAAAAGAAAUCUUUGUUAUAACAUGGUUUUAUUUUUUACAUACACCCCUUUUUGUUUCGCAUUUUCCUAGGGCUUAACCAUCCAAGACAAAAAGAUUGAAUUCAGAUUAUUUAAAAAAAAAUUAUUGGAAUGAUUAAAAAAAACCUUCAUAUCAAACUGAUGCUACUUAAUAGUUUUAUUAGUUGAGUCCUGGUGUUUGCUUUGGAAUGUUUGAAUUCUCACCUGUUGGUACCAGUGCUUGUGGCAAAUGCUGUGAUAAACUAUAAAGUACGAUUUACUGGAUUCCCAUUGGUCAUUGCAUCACCUAGCCAGAUGUACAAUUGUUUGAUUUGGGAGUUAAAAGGGGGAAUUGUCGUCGUUAAAAAAGAAAACAUGAACUUAAUGAGGUUCCACUGUAAAUAUUCAGUAAAAUGAGAAUUUUUAGUAUCUUCCCAUUUACUAAUUCUUCCCUACACUUUUAACAUUCAAUUUGGUAAGGUCCAAAUGGGACUUUAGGUAGGGGUGAAUGGGUUAAACAUCAUUGAUUCUAACUUCUGUCAUAGCAUAAUUUUAAUACUAGCCUUAUUAUGGUGUACAGUCUUCAUGUGCAUCAUUGUAUCCUCAUCAAUUUCCUUGUAGGUUUGGGUUAUUUCCUUACAAAUAUGAUGAAACAUAAGUCUGUAAUUGUAUAUUGUAUAUCAGUAACUCCGUAACAUCCGUGUGCAUCUUCUCUGUAUAUUCAAUGUUAAUUGUAUGAUUACUGUAAUAUAUACACGACGUAGUAUCUCUAUUUACAUGAAUUUGUUUACUAUAAUAAUCAUUAAAAAAAUCAAAAUC